AUGGCGCCUCCUCAGAUUCUCUCUUCCACUAACUUGAAAUCUCUCUUUGAAUCUGUCGACACUUUCCUCUUCGACUGCGAUGGUAUUGUUUCUGGGUUUUUUUCACCCUUAUCUCAAUUCGAGAUUCUUGUUAUGGGUGAUACGCUCAUCCAUGGCGUUUCUCAGACUCUCGAUUUACUCCGCUCUAAGGGUAAAAAUGUUGUCUUUGUGACGAACAAUUCGAUGAAAUCGAGGAGGCAAUACGCUGAAAAGUUCGGAUCUUUGGGUCUCACUUCUGUUACUCAGAAUGAGAUAUUCUCUUCGUCAUUCGCUGCUGCUAUGUACCUCAAAGUCAACAAUUUCCCAAAGGACAAGAAGGUUUAUGUGAUUGGUGGAGAGGGCAUUAUUGAGGAGCUGAAGAUUGCUGGAUUUUCAGGUUUUGGUGGUCCUGAAGACGAUGAAAAGAAGGCACAAUGGAAAUCAAACUCUCUCUUUGAACAUGAUAAAAGCGUGGGAGCAGUUGUGGUCGGACUAGAUCCCAACAUAAACUACUACAAGCUUCAGUAUGGAACCCUCUGCGUACGCGAGAAUCCGGGGUGUCUUUUCAUUGCAACCAACCGUGAUGCAGUAGGACAUAUGACGGAUCUGCAAGAGUGGCCUGGUGCUGGUUGUAUGGUUUCUGCAAUGUGUGGAUCAACCGAUAGAGAACCAAUAGUGGUCGGGAAACCAUCGACUUUCAUGAUGGACUUUCUGCUACAAAAAUUUGGGACAGAAACAUCAAGAAUGUGCAUGGUUGGUGAUAGGCUAGAUACUGAUAUCUUGUUUGGACAGAAUGCUGGCUGCAAAACUCUCCUUGUCCUAUCAGGAGUAACAAGUGAAGAGAAUCUACUAGAAGAGAGCAAUAACAUCAAACCAGAUUAUUACACAAGCAUGGUUUCUGAUAUCAUGAAACUCAUGGAGUCCCCCUAG